GCCACUCGCCACCUUCUUCUUCUUCUUCAUCUCCAUUCAUUCGCUGUCAACUUUUGCAAUCCUUAAACAAAACGUCAUCGUUUACGUAUCUUGCAUUUGCCGAACAACACUUACACAAUCGUAAGAAGAAGAAGCUUCGCAACCCUCUGAGUUUGAGCGGCCAAGAAAAGACAAGGAAAAUGGCAGGCUUUUGGAGUGUAUUUUGUGGGGAAUUUAGUUGUUCAGAGGAUGGAAGAAAACCCUGUAGAUAUGAUUUUAAGUUUCUUAUUGAUCCUUCUACUUGUAUCAACCAUUUGUUAAUCUCCUGCUUUGAUGUGUUGAUGCUUGUCAUGCUCUUAUUUAUUAUGAUCCAGAAAUCAACAUUAAAACCAUGUCAUGGUCUAUCACGGGUGCGAAGACAUUCAUAUUUGCAGCUAGUUUCUGCUAUAGCCAAUGGUGCUUUUGGAUUGGUGCAUUUGUGUUUAGGCAUUUGGGUCUUAGAGGAGAAGUUGAGGAAAACCCAAACUGCAUUGCCCCUUAACUGGUGGUUGCUAGAAAUCUUUCAUGGAUUGACAUGGUUGCUAGUGGGUUUAACAAUAAGCCUGAAGUUGAAACAACUUCCAAGAGCAUGGUCAAGGAUUUUUUCUAUUCUAUUCUUCUUGGUUUCUGGUAUUUCUUGUGCAUUAUCCUUGUUUUAUACAAUUAGUAGCAGAGAACUGUCGCUUAAGAUAGCUUUAGAUGUUAUAUCUUUUCCAGGGGCAGUAUUUUUGCUAUUAUUCACAUAUAAGGAAACCGUGUGUAAGAACACUGACAGAGAAGUUGAUGAAAGCCUUUAUGCCCCUUUAAAUGGUGACAACAAUAAAAAUGGUUCUGUUGAUUAUGUAACCCUAUUUGCCAAAGCUGGAUUCUUUAACAGAAUGUCAUUUUGGUGGUUGAAUCCAUUGAUGAAAAAAGGUAAACAGAAAACACUUCAGGAUGAAGACAUCCCAAGGUUACGCGAGGAGGAUCGAACAGAAAAUUGUUAUUUGUUGUUUUUGGACCAAUUGAACAGACAAAAACAGAAAGAUCCAUCCUCACAGGCAUCAGUUUUGAGGACAAUAAUUUUAUGCCAUUGGAAAGAAAUUUUAGUAUCAGGAUUCUUUGCAAUGCUUAAGGUUCUUGCUUUGUCUUCUGGACCUUUGCUUCUAAAUUCUUUUAUAUUGGUUGCAGAGGGUAAUGGAAGUUUCAAAUAUGAAGGUUUUGUGUUGGCCAUAUCACUUUUCUUUACAAAAACCAUAGAAUCCCUAUCACAAAGGCAGUGGUACUUCCGCUCUAGACUUAUUGGUUUGAAAGUUAGAUCGUUGCUAACUGCAGCAAUUUAUAAAAAGCAACUAAGAUUAUCCAAUUCUGCUAGAUUGAUGCACUCUGGUGGUGAGAUAAUGAAUUAUGUGACCGUGGAUGCUUAUAGAAUUGGUGAAUUUCCCUAUUGGUUUCACCAAACUUGGACAACUAGCUUCCAGCUGUGUAUCUCAUUAGUAGUACUUUUCCGUGCUGUUGGGCUAGCUACACUUGCCUCCUUGGUGGUGAUAAUAAUCACAGUGCUUUGCAAUACUCCACUGGCAAAGUUACAACACAAGUUUCAAAGCAAACUUAUGGGGGCACAAGAUGAGAGAUUGAAGGCUUGUUCUGAAGCUCUCGUCAAUAUGAAGGUGUUGAAGUUGUAUGCGUGGGAAACCAAUUUUAGGAAUGCUAUAGAAAGAUUAAGAAAUGUAGAGCUCAAAUGGUUGUCUGCAGUGCAACUAAGAAAGGCAUACAACAGCUUUCUCUUUUGGUGCUCCCCUGUUUUGGUCUCUGCUGCAACUUUUGGGGCAUGUUACUUUCUCAAUGUUCCUUUACAUGCAAAUAAUGUUUUCACUUUUGUGGCAACUUUGCGCCUUGUUCAAGAUCCAGUUAGAACCAUCCCUGAUGUUAUUGGGAUGGUUAUUCAGGCCAAAGUUGCAUUUUCCCGAAUUGUAAAAUUCCUGGAGGCACCUGAGCUGCAGAGUGCAAAUGUCAGAAAAAGAUGCCCUAAUGAAAAUAUGAAGGGUUCAAUUGUAAUAAAGUCUUCUGACUUUUCAUGGGAAGAGAAUGGAUCAAAGUCAACCCUGAGAAACAUAAAUUUGGAUGUUAGACCUGGGCAAAAGGUGGCUAUUUGUGGAGAGGUUGGCUCAGGCAAAUCAACGCUCUUAGCAGCAAUUCUCAGAGAAGUUCCUAAUACUUGUGGGACAAUUGAAGUUUACGGGAAGUUUGCCUAUGUUUCUCAAACAGCAUGGAUACCGACAGGUACAAUUCGGGAGAAUAUAUUGUUUGGAAAAAGUAUGGAUGCUGAAAAGUAUCAAGAAACGCUUCAUAGGUCAUCAUUGGUGAAGGACCUUGAGUUGUUUCCCUACGGUGAUCUCACGGAAAUAGGGGAGAGAGGGGUUAACCUGAGUGGAGGUCAGAAGCAGCGAAUUCAACUUGCCCGUGCACUUUAUCAAAAUGCUGAUAUAUAUCUCUUGGAUGAUCCAUUUAGUGCUGUUGAUGCGCAUACUGCAACAAAUUUGUUUAAUGAAUACAUAAUGGAAGGACUUGCUGGCAAGACAGUCUUGCUCGUGACUCAUCAAGUUGAUUUCCUUCCAGCAUUUGAUUCUGUUUUGUUAAUGUCAGAUGGAGAAAUCAUACAAUCUGCUUCUUAUCACCAUUUGUUGAGCACAAGCCAAGAAUUUCAGGACCUUGUGAACGCCCACAAAGAAACUGCUGGUUCUGACCGGCUUGUGGAUGUUACUUCUUCCCAGAGACAUUUAAAUAGUUCCAGAGAAAUUCGGAAAACACAUGUGGAAAAGCAUUCAGAAGCAUCAAAAGGUGAUCAAUUGAUUAAGGAAGAAGAGAGAGAGAAAGGAGAUCAAGGGUUCAAACCUUACUUACAAUAUCUAAAUCAGAACAAAGGAUAUAUAUACUUCUCUGUGGCUGCUCUGUCUCAUCUUACAUUUGUGGUUGGCCAAAUAUUGCAGAACUCAUGGAUGGCUGCUAAUGUUGACAAUCCUCGAAUCAGCACUUUGGAGUUGAUUCUAGUUUACUUGAUCAUUGGAGUUAUUUCAUUAAUAUUCUUGUUGACGAGAAGUCUUGUUACAGUUGCUUUGGGUAUUCAAUCAUCAAAAUCUCUUUUUUUACAACUGCUGAACUCCCUUUUUUGUGCCCCGAUGUCAUUUUAUGACUCCACUCCUUUAGGACGGAUACUCAGUAGGGUCUCCUCAGAUGUCAGCAUUGUGGACCUUGAUGUUCCAUUCAGCCUUGUUUUUGCUGUAGCAGCUACUACGACUUUUUUUGCCAAUCUUACAGUUUUAGCAGUUGUUACUUGGCAAAUCUUGUUUGUCUCCAUACCAAUGAUUUGUUUCGCACUUCGCCUGCAGAGAUAUUACUUUGCCUCUGCAAAAGAACUGAUGCGGAUGAAUGGCACAACAAAAUCCUUUGUAGCUAACCAUCUUGCUGAAUCUGUUGCUGGAGCUGUGACAAUAAGGGCUUUUGAAGAGGAAGAUCGAUUUUUUGUGAAAAAUCUUGAGCUAAUUGAUGUCAAUGCUAGUCCUUUCUUUCACAGUUUUGCAGCAAAUGAGUGGUUGAUUCAACGGUUAGAAGUAGUCAGUGCAGUUGUUCUUGCAUCUACGGCACUUUGCAUGGUUGUCCUUCCACCUGGAACUUUUGCUUCCGGAUUUAUUGGCAUGGCUCUCUCUUACGGCCUUUCACUUAACAUGUCCUUGGUAAAUUCAAUUCAAAAUCAAUGCUAUAUAACAAAUUAUAUAAUAUCAGUGGAGAGGCUAAAUCAAUAUAUGCAUAUACCAAGUGAGGCCCCAGAAAUAAUAGAAGAAAAACGUCCUCCAGUGAAUUGGCCGGUUGCUGGUAGAGUAGAAAUAAAUGAAUUGCAGAUACGUUACAGGCCAGAUGCUCCACUUGUACUCCGUGGGAUCACAUGCACAUUUGAAGGAGGGCACAAAAUUGGUAUUGUUGGCCGCACAGGCAGUGGGAAGUCCACUCUUAUAGGUGCUUUAUUCCGUCUAGUGGAGCCAGCAGGUGGAAGUAUCAUUGUUGAUGGCAUUGACAUUUGCUCCAUUGGACUCCAUGAUUUAAGAUCACGUUUUGGUAUUAUACCUCAGGAUCCUACUCUUUUUAAUGGGACAGUCAGAUACAAUUUGGACCCCUUAUCUCAAUACUCUGAUCAAGAGAUAUGGCAGGUUCUUGAGAAAUGUCAGUUGCAAGAGGCUGUCCAAGAGAAAGAAGAGGGAUUAGACUCUUCAGUUGUUGAAGCUGGAGCAAACUGGAGCAUGGGACAACGACAGUUAUUCUGUUUGGGGCGUGUUCUUUUGAGAAGAAGUCAGAUAUUGGUGCUUGAUGAAGCAACUGCAUCUAUUGAUAAUGCAACUGAUUUGAUUCUACAGAAAACUAUAAGGACUGAGUUUGCAGAUUGUACUGUAAUCACGGUCGCUCACAGGAUACCAACUGUGAUGGAUAGUACUAAGGUUCUUGCCAUCAGUGAUGGAAAACUGGUGGAAUAUGAUGAGCCAAUGAACUUGAUGAAGAGAGAAGGAUCGUUGUUCGGGAAGCUUGUCAAGGAAUACUGGUCCCAUUUUCAGUCUGCAGAAUUUCAUUGAAGAGUAAAAUGUUUUUCAGUGUAGCACUUUUGUCUCUUAUUUUUGUAGGAUCGGCAAAAAGCCAAAAAAAGUUUAGUUAAAAGUAGGAUGUAAAAUGUAUUAUACAAACUCUGAGGGGUUCAGAAGUGGGAAGCAAUUAGAGGGACUUCGAAGAAAUUGAUGCGUAGAGAUGCAAAUGUACCAUUGCUAGGAUGACGUACGAGCUGCUUCACACUGGAAAGCCGCAUUAUUUAUCAAUCAAUGUUGAUAAUUGCACAUUUUGGGGUGACACUUUACAUCAGUAUAUAUAAUGAGUAAAAAUUCUUAAAAGAGUAUUUUUAAAAGCUUUCUCAAUCAAAAACACUUAUAAGACUUGAUUC